GCACAAAAUCAGCCUGACCACUACUACAGUGUCACCACGGGCUAAUACAGUACACUCUGCCUGGCCGUUGCCCAUUACUCCUUAGUUGAUAGGUAAGGACUGAGAAAGGUGAGGGCUUUUCAGGUACUGCUACGAUAACACUCUCGACUGCCUUAUUGAACGACACACGAACAUUUCCUUUCAAAUGUCCCCUACACUGAGAAUGGCGCUGCUGUUCAGCAUGAUGGGAUGUGGGCAUUUAAUCACAGUGACGGUUCCCGAGAAGUUUGUGAACGUGACAAACGGUGAAAGUGCUCUUCUCCAGUGCACGUUUGUUACCACCGUGCAGAACACCAGCGACAUUAUCAUCCAGUGGAGUUUUGUUGCCAAAACCUCCAAUGUGCCACAGCAGGUGUAUUACUCUCAGUCAGGAGAGGACGUUAUUUCGAAACCGUAUGAAGGCAGGUUGAAUGCUCCCACCUAUCCAGCUAUUAGCAAUGCCUCAAUAACAAUAAGCAACAUGCAAGUGUCAGAUGCAGGGGCCUACACCUGCGAAGUCCACAACUUCCCUGAUGUCAAUGGGAAGACUGAGGCCACUAUCAUUGUCAACAUUCUUGAGAGGCCAUCUGUGCCCUUCUGUGCUGUCCAUGGUGAUGUGGAGUCUGGUCACCUGGUUACCCUCACCUGCCACAGUGAGCGGGGAAGCCCCACCCCCACCUAUACCUGGAUCAGAGUGGAUCAGGACAAGACCAAGACACCUGUAAUGGGGAACCCUGAUCCGAAUAUAGGAUCCUUGUAUUUCCGAAACAUAUCCCAGUUUGAGUUUGGAGAGUAUUGUUGCAGUGCCUCUAACGCUGUAGGAUCUGCUACUUGCACCGUGGAGCUCAGCCAUGAGCUAGGUGAUGGGGCCAUUGCUGGUGCAGUCAUUGGAGCACUUCUUGGAGCUGUCCUUAUUACCCUUAUUAUCUGGUACAUGACACACUCCAUGAAGAAGCAGAAAUACAAGACUUCAAAGGCAACAGAGAUGCAAGCCAUCCCUAAGAGUUCGGCCACAGUGGCGUAUGAAGGCGUCCCUACCAGGGAGAGUGGCCAUCAAGCCUAUGUGACCUCCGGAGGGGUUCCCAUGGCAACAAACAGCCACGUCCAUUCUGACGCUGACGGAGAGCGGGCCGAAGCUUAGGAGAGGCCUGACAUGCUUCUGGGGUGACAUCACUACUCUUUAAAAAAAAUCUACCACUGAAGUUUGUGUUUUUGUAUAAUGUUUUUUUUUUAAGUCACAAUUUAAGUAAUGAUUCAUAUUUGUUUUAUGUGAUAUAAGGAAUUCCAAUUGUCUUGAUUUCACACACCAAAAAAAUACAAAUCACUCUACACCCUGAUUAAUGUGGUAAUCCACCCAUUCCCUGACAAAAUGUUUAUUCCCAUUUCAUAUACAUUGUGACAAAUCUAACCAAUGCUCAUCCAUGCUUUCUGGAAGAAAAAAAUACAAAUUCAAUUUUGCAUAACUGAGUGUUUAAUUACUAAUGUGGAUAUACACAUGGUCUGGAAUGACAUGGGGUAAAUCCUGAUAUGUUUGGUCUGAAAUGACUGUGAUGACUCCCUGUGACCUUUCCAGGCAACCUGAGGAGAGCAACAUGAUAGUAGCACAGCCAAUCAGAGGUGGCCUCUACCACUUGACCUUAAAACCUUGCUGCUGUCUCCAAGAAAUACAUUUCUAAGAAUGAGCCCAUGGAGAAAAAUAAUGGUGUAAAAGACUAGAAUAGAGCUCCGUGUUAAUGUUCUGUUAAUCCUUCACCUUUUUCAUUAUCAGGAGAGAGAGAGAGAGAGAGAGAGAGCUGUGUGAGUCCAUCUGAUCCCACAGUCACGAUUCAGAUAUGCAUGAAAAUAGAGGAGUGUGGACCAUUAAGUCUCUGGUGCGUACAGAUGGAUACUCCAGAAAAUUGGCCCGAACAGAAAGGAAAAACAAUGUUGUCAAAUAUUAUGCCACAUACUGAUUCAAAGACAGUGUUAAUGACCAGUAGGGGGAGCUGAAAGGCCAGAACUGAUGUAACUGCUAACAAAAUCGCAGGAAAAUUAACUGACAUUAGAGCCAGAUACAUACACAGAUAAGAUACAAGUGCCCUUUCAGGGGGUAGUAUAUAUACAGUGCGUUCAGAAACUAUUCACACCCCUUAACUUUUUCCACAUUUAGUUGUGUUACAGCCUGAAUUUAAAAUUGAUUCAAUUUAGAUUGUUGUUAGGUCACUGGCCUACACACAAUACCCCAUAAUGUCGAAGUGCAAUGAUGUUUUGGGGAAUUUUUACAAAUUAAUACAAAAUGAAAAGCUGAAAUGUAUUGAAUCAAUAAGUACUCAACCCCUUUGUCAUGGCAAGCCUAAAUAAGUUCAGGAGUAAAAAUGUGCUUAACAAGUCACAUAAUAAGUUGCAUGGACUUGCUCUGUGUGCAAUAAUAGAGUUUAAAACCAUUUUUAAUGACUGCCUUAUCUCUGUACCCCACACAUACAGAUAAUUGUAAGGUCCUUCAGUCGAGCAGUGAAUUUCAAGCACAGAUUCAACCACAAAGACCAAGGAGGUUUUCAAAUGCUGAAAGGAAAGCAUUGUUUGUGGCAAAUCCAAUACAACACAUAAUUGAGUACCAUUGAGUACCACUUUCUAGAUUUCUUCAAGCAUAGUGGUGGCUGUAUCAUGUUAUGGCAGGGAUGCAACUUUCACUGGGGAUGGGGGGACAUGUCAUUUUUGUCCCCCUCAGUUUUAUCAUCACUCCUCCGAGCAUUGGGUAGGUGGUUUGGAGUGUUUAUCCGACUGGAUACAAAAAAAAAACAUCUAAAAACCAAAGUUGCAGCGCUGUGAUAUGGGUAUGCUUGUAAUUGUUAAGGACUGGGGAGUUUUUCAUGAUAAAAAAUAAACGUAAUGGAGUUACGCACAGGCAGAAUCCUAGAGGUAAACCUGGUUCAGUCUGCUUUCCACCAGACACUGGGAGAUGAGUUCACCUUUCAGCAGGACAAUAACCUAAAACACAAGGCCAAAUCUACACUGGAGUUGCUUCCCAAGAAGACAGUGAAUGUUCCUGAGAGGCCAAGGUAGUUUUGACAUAAAUCUACUUGGAAAUCUAUGGCAAGACCUGAGAAUGGUUGUCUUGCGAUGAUAAACAACCAUUUGACAGGGCUUGAAGAAUUUUGAGGGGUGUGAAUACUUAUGUAAAUUAGAUAUUUAAUUUUCAAUACAUUUGCAGAAAUGUCUAAAAACAUGUUUUCACUUGUGGUAUUGUGUCUUGAUGGGUGAGAAAAAUAAUACAUUUAAUAAAUGUUGAAUUCAGGCUGUAACAACAUAUUAGUAAAUACAAGUUUAAAUUGAGGAUAGUCUGAUGGGUGAAAAGGUCAAGGGUUAUGAAUACUUUCUGAAGGCACUGUAUGUUUUUUGUAUACAGUUUUUGUCAUCGUUCUGAACACAAUAAAUUGACUCUUCACA